UUUAAGGAUUAAAACAAUAAAUAAGAAAAUAUUUAUGAAUCAUAAAAAUAAAGAUGAUGUGUGAUUGUAAGGAUCAAAAUGCAAAUAAAAAUAUGAAAUUUUAAAUUUGAAGUUUUGAGUAGUGAAACUUCAAAUAUAAAGUUUCACUCUUCAAAACUUUGAAGUUUCGAAGUUCCUUUUCUAAAAACAAAAGAUUUUAUAUUUAAAAUUAUAAAGUGUAUUUUGGAGAUGAUUUAAUGAACCUUUUAAAGUCUCAGUAAGUCAAUACAUCUUCUUCAUUUAAGUCCUCUCUCUCUCUCUCCCCGUUCUAUACGAAACAAUGAAAAAGCUCUACCGGAAAGGAACCGUGCACCCGUCGCCGCCGCAGAUAAAAUCAGACGACCAGCUUCUCCAUCUCCUUCCUGUUGCCAUCUUAUCACUAGCAGUGGUUCUUUCUCCGGAAGACCGUGAAGUCCUGGCUUACCUCAUAUCAACCUUCUCUUACUCCAGCGACCGAAACUCUACCUCUCGCCUGAACAAGACCAAACCACACAAACAAUCCCACUUCGACAACCACUCGCCUCUCUUCCACUGCGACUGUUUCAGCUGUUACACUAGCUACUGGGUCAGAUGGGACUCGUCACCAAGUCGCCAACUGAUUCAUGAAAUCAUCGACGCUUUCGAAGACAGCUUGGAGAAGAAGAAACAAAGGAAGAAUAAAAAGAACAUAAAUGGGAAGAAAGAUCGUAGAAAGCGUUCAGUGAAGUCUCCAGCUCUCGUUAGUUCUAGCUUUGGUACGAAUGAUAUUCCGAGUCAACUCAGUGAGUCCUCUGGGAGUUCGUGUCCUUGUAAGUGUACGAGUUCGAGCGAGUUGGUUGACGGUACUGGUAGUUGCAACGGUUGUUUGGUGUCAAAGGAGGAGUUCAGGGCCGGAGACGUUGGUGAAGAAGCUGCGGAGGAGGAGGAGAAAGGGACGGUGAGUAGAUUUCUGAAUUUCAUUGGUGAGAAAGUUUUUGGUGUUUGGAGAUAAGAAAACUUUGUCCCAAGCCAAAAUAUCACAAGUACCUCCUUGCUCCGGAUCAUGGUAAGCAAGUGAAAAAUUACAAGAAAUAAAAAUCUAGAAAUGUUUUUUUUAUUCACUUGAAUCUAUCGAGGGCAACAUGUUUGAUUGUUGGAAAGUUUUCAUGUGUAAGCAGCAUUAACUGUAGUAUAAUGCGACAAAUAUAUCAUUGUAUUAUAACAUCUUAAUUAUAUAAAAAAGUUGGUAUAAUUGCACGUAUUUAAUACGUUAUUUUGUGUACCAAGUGUGGCCACCGAUAUAAAAUGCUUUAACUGAGUAUAAAUUAUUGUUUUCUUACCGCCAAAAUAAAAUUAUGGAAUAUAUUAUUGAGCAGAAUACAGAGUAGAAUUGUUAGUUCCUAGGUACUAGUUAGAAAUAUGUAAUUGAUUAUGUAUAGUGAUAGAGGCUUUUUUUCUAGAAUACUAGUUAGACAUAUGUUAUUUAUUUUGGGUCCAACGAUAUCUUCAGUGCCGCCCACCACCACAGCCAUUUUUAUGCUUCCCAUGCAUUGUUGUUGUCACAUUAUUUGUCUGCAUAUUCUUCCCCUUUGCGGUUCACUCAAUGAUCCCUUUCAUCAAAGCGUACAGUCUCAAAUUUAAAGUAGAAACACUAAACUUUAGGUUCGUAAGCUGGUAAAGGAAUAUAAAAGCAACAAUCAUUUCACAACUUUAUUCAAAACAACCAAUAUCAUUGAGUUGGGUUAUACUUCUCACUUCUCCGUUACCAGAUCGUAUACUUCUUCUAGUACAGUCCAACUAACGUUAGACCCAGAUUACACUAUUUGAGGUAGAUUGGUACUCCUUCCGAAAUACUUGAAACUUUAGGCUAAUGCACAAUUAUUAAAAAAAUUAUUUUAAUUUUUUAAAACAUGAUUAAAAUAUAAAUUUAUAACUAUUUAACCAAAUACAAUAUAUACUAUAAAAUAUUAUUACUUGCACAUUUUUUAGUAAAUUAAAAAUUCACAUUAAAAUAUGAAAACAUCUUCUAUUUUGAAAUAUCAAAAACUUUUUAAAACACCAUUUAUCUUGAAACGGAGGAGUAUGUUUUGUCAAAUUUUUAUUAAUUUAUGUAUAUAAAAAAUGGAAUAUACAAGAAAAAAAUAACUGUCUUACAACUUUUAGUAGACAUAUAUACGAAUCCUAAGUUAAUUUUCUCCGCACUACAAAUAUCUUAUGUAUGUCAAACAUGUCGUCUCUUACUCAGCUUCACUCUGACCGGUAUUCCAGUUGGUUAUAUUGUCAUUCACUAAUAUACAGUAUAUUCCAGUUUUCAAUUAAACAUCUAUAUUUGUUUAGGUAAUCACGGUUCUGAUUUGCUAAUCUAUCUAGCGUUUUUAUUUGUUUUGGGUUUCUUGCAACUUGGUGUUGGAGAAACCCCUUUCACUUAUGUUUUUAUCUACCGUGCCAUUUUUGUUUUCCUCGUUUGUAUAUUGUAAUAAUACAGUUCCUAAUAAGUAAAUAAAUAAACUUGUGUUGUGAGCCAUGCAAGUUGCAAGACUUUAAAACGUGCAAUGAAGAUGUUUAUCAUCCGCAGCAUUUACACACCCAUUACACAUCUCCAAAAGAAAAUUUCAGUAUACAAGCUUAAAGCUCCCUAAAGUAAUAAAAAGUGAUCUAUUCGCCAUUCUUGUCUCUUCGGUUAUAGUUUGUUUGUAACUACGAUAAAAUAAACAAUUCAACUUUCUUUUCAGACAGAACGAGAGAACUAAAUCCUAGAAAUGCGGAUAUUUGUUCAUUGGUUUACAAAUAAACAGGGCAGUGGAGACAGAAUGGCGCUGGUCUCGGUGUAACACUUUUUACUUUCACAUUUUCCCCCUCAGAAAAAUACUUUUGUUUCAACUAAUAAAAAUAUAAUUAUAUUAUUUUUUCUGUUACAGAAUUUUUGUUGAUCAGUGAAAAAAAAUUAAGAACUACACUACACUAACUAGUCGAUUCUUGAGGAAAAUAAACAGGAUGUCAUACAGAGUGACACCCCAGAAAUUCUCAAAAAGCAAACUUAUUCUUUUGGGCCUUUGGGUCAAAAUAUAUAGACCAACUAAUAUUAAGCCUCUAUCAAACCUGGUAGGUGCGUUUCUGCUACUUGCACUCAUUGGAUAAGCUGAAACCAUGUUGAUGGUGUUUUGAUUGAAUUGGUUUUCCUAAUCAUGUGCGAGUUUUGUUUGUUUUUAUUUUGUGGAGUUUACUGAUGAAAUGAUCAACGUUUCUGAUCUAUAAUAUUGCAACUUUUAAUAUUCAUUUUAAGUCUUUUUUUUUCAAUAUUCAUAUGUUAUGAAGUCUUUUUUCAAUAUUCAUAUGUUAUAAACACCCCCACACUUAACCAAACCAGAUUCAUCAGUGAUCACUAGUCACUUAGUUCUUGAUUUUACUUGCAUUAGAUUCAUCACUUAUUGACAUUACCCACACACAUAUCAAACCCAUUUUGUUAUUCAUAUCUUUCUUGCCUUCAUAGAAAACCCCACUUCCAAUUAGAAUGUCUCCACGGUGGCCACCGGAUUCACAUCCGUGGUUACAGCAGCAUUCUUCAUGGCCUCAAACCGUGGCUCCUUGGGCUGAAACUUGACUCCAGAGUAGAGUUUCAU